UCCAAUAAAUAAUCAUUCCAACUCUAAAUUUCUCUCUCUUCAUUUCAGUAUCGACGCCUCUCCUUCAAAGCCGACCUUCCUGAUCUUCUAAUGGAGUUUGUCAUGUCAAGCUCCAAACUUGUCAGUGUUUUCUUCUCUGCAUUUCUGCUUCUCUCUUUCUUCUCAGAUUCUCCUUCAAACGCUCAACUUAUGCCCCAAGACGAAGUGAAGGCACUACAGGCAAUAUCUGACAAGCUCACAAAUGUGAAUUGGAAGGUUACAGAGAAAUCUUGCAAUAAUGGAGACUCAGGAUUUAAUAACCUCACUACCACAUCCACUCAAAUCGUCAGGACUGUCAUUUGUAAUUGCACUUUCCAAAACGGCACCGUUUGCCAUGUCACUCAUAUUCUUUUGAAAGGCCAGAAUAUAUCGGGAGAAAUACCAAGUGAAUUUGGAAAUCUUACACAACUGAUUGAACUUGAUCUCACUCGCAACUAUCUCAGUGGCACAAUUCCAACGGUUUUUACACGCAUCCCUCUUGUCAACCUGUCCCUUUUGGGGAAUCGCAUUAGCGGUUCAAUUCCAGAAGAAUUGGGUGAAAUUGCUACUCUGCAGGAUCUGGUCUUGGAGGAUAAUCAGCUUGGACGAAAUCUUCCUCAGAGUCUUGGAAAUUUGAGCAACCUACGGAGACUACUUCUUUCUUCCAAUAAUUUUACCGGGGUGAUACCAGAAUCAUAUGGAAACCUAAAGAACCUAACUGAUUUUAGGAUAGAUGGGAGCAGUUUAUCAGGGAAGAUACCUGGUUUUAUUGGGAACUGGACCAAAAUUACUAUUCUGAAUAUGCAGGGCACAGGCAUGGAAGGUCCAAUUCCUUCUACCAUAUCCUUGUUGACAAAUUUGAAAGAAUUGAGAAUAUCUGACUUGAGUGGAACGACUAUGAGAUUUCCUAAUCUAAAGGAUUUGAAGAUUUUGGAACGACUGAUACUGAGAAAUUGCCUAAUCUUUGGUCCCAUACCAGAUGACUUUGCCGCCGAGAUGACAAAUUUAAAGACUCUAGACCUGAGCUUUAACAGGUUAACUGGUUCAGUCCCUGCUUCAUUUCAGGACUUGAAUUUUAAUCACAUGCUUCUGACGAACAAUUCUCUGAGUGGAGUAAUUCCAGGGUGGAUGCUAGGGAACACUCAUAAUAUUGAUUUAUCUUACAACAAUUUUACUGAGGCUUCUGCAUCUAGCUGCCAGCAGUUGGAUGUGAACUUGGCUUCUAGUCUCUCGUCCUCAGCAAGCAAUUCACUUUUGUGCUUGAAGAGGGGCCUACCUUGUGAGGGAAAACCAAAACAUUAUUCAUUGUUCAUAAAUUGUGGAGGACCCAAAAUGGAGUUCGAGGGUCACGAAUAUGAAGAAGAUUUAACUCGAGAUGGCAUUUCAUACUUUAAUUUUCAAAACAAUUGGGCUUAUAGCAGCACAGGAGUAUAUAUGAAUAAUGAUAAUGCUGAUUUUGUAGCAACAAGUUCAACUUUAUUGAAUGUCAGUGAUCCAGCAUGCUACAAAACAGCCCGCCUUAGCCCUCUAUCCCUUAAGUACUAUGGCCUAUGCAUGAUGAAAGGCAAUUAUAAAGUAAAGCUCCAUUUUGCUGAGAUAAUGUUUUCAGAUGACCAGACAUAUAAUAGCCUUGGCGUGCGAAUAUUUGAUGUUUCAAUUCAAGGUGUUAAAUACUUGAAAGAUUUUAACAUUGCGAAGGAAGCUGGUGGAGUUGAUAGGGGCAUUACCAAGGUAUUUGAUGUUGAUGUGAAUGAUACCACCUUGGAGAUCCAUUUAUAUUGGGCAGGGAAAGGAACUACUGCGAUUCCCAAUAGAGGUGUAUAUGGACCUCUAAUUUCUGCCAUCACUGUGACCCCAAACUUCAAAGUUCCAACAAAAGGGUUGUUCACUGGAGCUAUCGUUGGAAUUGUGGUUGGAUCAUGUGUUUUUCUUGUAUUGGUACUUAUUGUCCUCCGAAAGAAGGGUUUCCUUGGUGGGAAAGAUACAGAAGACAAAGAACUCUUAGAUCUUAAGACAGGCUAUUUUUCUCUAAGACAAAUUAAAACAGGCACCAAUAACUUUGACCCUGCAAAUAAGAUAGGAGAAGGAGGCUUUGGGCCUGUGUAUAAGGGUGUGCUGUCAGAUGGUGUAGUCAUUGCUGUUAAGCAGCUCUCUUCCAAGUCAAAGCAAGGGAAUCGUGAAUUUGUUAAUGAGAUAGGAAUGAUCUCUGCAUUGCAGCAUCCGAAUCUUGUGAAGCUUUAUGGCUGUUGCAUAGAUGGAAAUCAACUAAUGCUUAUAUAUGAAUACAUGGAGAAUAAUAGUCUUGCUCGAGCACUUUUUGGCCACGAAGAUCAGAAGAUACACUUGGAUUGGCCCACAAGAUUUAAGAUUUGUCAAGGGAUAGCAAGGGGUUUAGCUUAUCUUCACGAGGAGUCAAGAUUGAAAAUAGUGCAUAGGGACAUUAAGGCAACAAACAUCUUGCUUGAUGAGGAUCUAAAUGCCAAAAUUUCUGACUUCGGUCUAGCAAAGCUUGAUGAAGAAGAGAAUACACAUAUCAGCACCCGAAUAGCUGGAACAAUUGGUUACAUGGCCCCUGAAUAUGCAAUGAGGGGUUAUUUGACAGACAAAGCAGAUGUUUAUAGCUUUGGUAUUGUUGUCUUGGAGAUUGUUAGCGGAAAGAGCAAUACAAAUUACAGGCCUAAGGAUGAGUUUAUUUAUCUUCUUGAUUGGGCCUAUGUUCUACAAGAGCAAGGAAACUUUCUGGAACUGGUGGACCCGCGUCUUGGUUCAAGCUACUCCAAAGAUGAGGCCAUGAGAAUGCUCAACUUGGCGCUUUUGUGUACCAAUCCAUCUCCCACUCUCAGACCGGCCAUGUCAUCUGUAGUGAGCAUGCUUGAAGGAAAUAUUCCAACUCAAGCACCAAUAAUCAAGCACAAAAAUUCUAGUCAGGGUCAUCAGGAUGCAAGGUUCAAAGCCUUUGAGGUGCUAUCACACGACAGCCAGACGUCUCUAGCCUCUCAAACAAGUGUGGAGCAAAGGGGCAAGUCAAUGGAUGGGCCAUGGAUUGACUCCUCAAUAUCUCUUCCAAGUAGAGAUGAUUAUUCUUCAUCUAGCAAGCUUCUUAGAGAUUAACAUAAUGAGUAUGAUUCCAAUGAGGAAGAAAACUUGCAUGUAUAUUUUUAAAUCCUUUCUGUAAAGGAGUAAACUUGAACGGUAGAGUGAUAAAUGUAUUUAACGUCAAAGGGAAAGCCUUGAAGUCAUAUACCUAGUACUUAUUAACAAUUUCUUGUCAGCAA